AUGGUUUCUCCUCUCCUGCUGUCCACCAACUAUCCUUCGUCUUGGAAAGUCGACGUGGGCCAAGGCCCUGGUGUGGCCGAGAUUCCUUCCUGGCCCUGGGGGAGGAUGACCUCCCUCCCUUUGAGGCCAUGGAAAGACUGUAAUGCGAUUGAUGAAGAUGGGAGGGCUUGGUACGAUGAUUCCAACUUGGCCACAUUUGUUUGGCUUGGCACCUCGGUCGCACCCAUGGCCGGAGUGACGGCCCUGGCUUCACCUAGCCACAGUUGUGCCCAGAAUGACGGCCCUGGCCAUGGCCGGAGUGACGGCCUUGAUUGCACCCCGAUUUCACCCAUGUCCAGAGUGACGCCCUCGGCCAUGGUCGCGGUCAGUGAAGAUGUGGGCGGUGGAGGCAUCGCCUAA